AUGGAUCGAGCACCAAAAAGGCUUGCUGCCUCGGUCGAUGAAGAGGACUCGGCGCCGGCACCGCCACUCCGGGAAUCGGUUCUCCAGAGUUCUAGUCGAGGGACACGGUCCUGUGAAGGAUGUUACCAGAGAAAGAUUCGCUGUGACCGUGGCGUGCCUUGCGCAAACUGUUCGAGACAUGGCAUGACAUGCGUGUAUCCCACAAGAGACCCCGACGCGGCACAGAAACCUUGCACUCUCCGGGACGUCUCCAACCGUCUGGAACGGCUGGAAAGCUUGCUAUCGCUGUUGGUUGAGAGAACCGGAGUCCUUACGGGAUUAGAAGCCGAUAGUGGCAGUAAUCGCGGUCGCGGUCGUGCUGAGCCCGAGAUUACAAUCCAGCCUCGACCUAUUAGUGACAAUGUGAAUACAGCCUCGCAUCACAGACUUCCUACACAGCUAGGUGCCGCUGCUCCGCCAGACAGGGAUUCUGAUCUGCUGGAUGUCUAUCCCGAUGCCCAACUCGCCCUCCGAUUAUGGAAUGUGUACGUCAGGUCGGUCGAUCCGGUCCUCAAGAUCUUGCACAUACCAACGAUCCAGUCUGCUGUUGUGGCCACGAUUCUGGACGCCCGGUCCGCACAGCCCUCCAUGGUGGCGCUGACAUUCGCCAUCUACUAUGCUGCCGUCACGGCGCUUUGUCACCACGAUUGCGACGAGCCCGUCGAUCUGUCGUGGGAGAAGCCCGUCCUUCUAAAACACUACCAGACAGCCUUGGACCGGCUUCUCGUGACGCCGGAUUUCAUGAAACGUCCUGAUAUGACGGGCCUGCAAGCUCUCGCAAUUUAUGUGACUUGCUCAAGGGCAAAUGAACUUGGCCGGCCAGUAUGGGUCCUUAACGGACUCGUGAUCCGGCUCGCCCAGUCAAUUGGCUUGCACCGAGACGGCGCCUCCCUCAAGCUGAGCCUCUUUGAGUCGGAGAUGCGUCUUCGCCUCUGGUGGCAUCUUUGUGUGCUGGAAUCGCGCGCUUCGGAGGACCAAGGAUUUCAGCCCACAAUCGAUAUCACCAAUACGGGGCUACGGCUGCCCUUGAAUGUGAAUGACGACCAGAUCUAUCCGGACAUGACGCAUUUUCCGGCGGAAUCGCGUGGCUGGACGGAGAUGUCCUUCUUCUUGAUCCAGAUCGACGCCUGCCGCGUGAUUCAUCCCAUCCUCGACAAGCAACAGCAGGAUUCCGGCGAUGCUCUUCUUAGUACCCGAAAGAAAGGAAGGAGGAAAAUCUCCGAUCCAGUCCAAUACAUGGCAGAGAAAUAUGGCAUCACGCCCGGGUCGAAUUCUGUGACACCGUUACGAAAGGAGAUUUCUAUACCUAAGCAAAAGGAAGCGCAGGAUGACGAUGCAACACCAGACGCGCCCAAGCUCUCGUUCAAGCUGGCCUGCGACUGCCUGGAGAGCAGCCAUGUGCUGCUGAAAGAGGGCCUUGCGUCGCGGUUCACAUGGCUCUUCAGCAUGUAUACGCAGUGGUACGCACUCGCCUAUGUUCUACGUUGCCUCUGUAUCAACCCGAACCCUCGCGGGUUCGAGGCAGAUCGUGCCUGGACUCUACUUCGACAUCGGGCGUGGUCGCUGAGACAGCAUGCCCAGACAUCUGCGGCCACCAGAGAUGUCUGGGUUCAGUCUCACAGUGGGAGAUACUGGACUCGCCAGCGUCCGUCAAAUGCCGAGAUCCUCCCCCCUACAAUAGACCCGGGGAUAUCGAUCCUCCCCGAGUGGGUUUCUGAAUUCCCUGCUAGUUCUAACCAAAAUGUCUUUGGAUCUCUGGAUUUGUUGAUGCCAGAGAUUCCUUUUUUACCAGAUUGGAAUGCGGUUAUUAAUGGCCGGUAG